ACUGGCAGGUGUGUGGGUGUGUGCGUGCGUGUGUGUAGGUUCUGUAUUGUGGUAUGUGGUGACUGGGUCUCGCGGGCUAUGAAGCUGCGAUAAUUAAAUGGAGAUCUGUGAUUUUGUGUUUACGAAAUGAAGAAGUUCACCUUCAAGGGUGUGUUGGAUGGAUUUCGGUCUUCGGUCGCGCAACCGGCCAGAGUUGAUCAAGAGAUAGUCGAAACUCUGCGGCCGGAUAACUUCCAAGUUGCAAAGACUUUCCGGCAUGGCUUCCCGUUCCAGCCGACGGCGCUGGCCUUCGACCCCAUCCAGCACCUGCUGGCCGUCGGCACCAAGUCCGGCUCGCUCCGAAUACUGGGGCGGCCGGGCGUGGACGCGCACGUGCGCCACGAGAGCGAGGCGGCCGUGCUGCAGAUGCAGUUCCUGCUGAACGAGGGCGCGCUGCUCACCGCCACCGCCGACGACUCCAUCCACCUGUGGAACUUCCGCCAGAAGAGGCCCGAGGUGGUGCACUCGCUCAAGUUCCAGCGCGAGCGGAUCACCUACAUGCACCUGCCGCUGCAGAGCAAGUGGCUGUACGUGGGCACGGAGCGAGGCAACAUCCACGUCGUCAACAUUGAGUCCUUCGUGCUGUCGGGAUAUGUCAUCAACUGGAACAAGGCCAUCGAAGUGUGCCGAAAAACACAUCCCGGUCCUGUAGUACACCUUAGCGACAGCCCCUUGGACGCCAGUAAGCUGCUGAUCGGCUUCGAGUCGGGGCAGGUGGUGCUGUGGGACCUGCGCACCAAGCAGGCCGAGUUGCGCUUCCAGUCGGCCGAGCCCCUCAAGUCCGUGAGCUGGCACCACGAAGGCAAGCAGUUCAUGUGCUCGCACACGGACGGCUCGCUCACCACGUGGCCCGUGCGCCAGCAGCCGCGCCCCGUCAACGUGUCGCACCCCCACGCCAAAGCCAAUAAGGAUGGAAAGCCAGAAUCCUGUAAACCCAUCCAGAAAGUGGAAUGGAAAUCAUCAAAAACAGGGGAAGCAUAUGUCAUUUUCUCUGGAGGUCUUACUUAUGACAAAGCUGGCCGUACUCCUAGUAUAACAGUAAUUCAUGGCAAGACAACCACGGUUCUAGAGAUGGAACAUAAUGUAGUGGAUUUCAUUACCCUUUGUGAAAGUCCUUGGACGAGUGACUUUCAAGAUCCAUAUGCAAUUGUUGUGCUUCUUCACAAUGACUUGGUCGUGAUAGAUCUAAUGAGUCCUGGCUACCCAUGCUUUGAGAACCCUUACCCAAUGGAUCUUCACGAGUCACCUGUUACAUGCUGUACCUACUUGGCUGACUGCCCUUCUGAUCUCAUCCCAGCAUUCUAUUCUGUGGGCUCCCGGGUUCAGAAGCGAACUGGUUUCAGUGAGAGAGAAUGGCCUCUGAGUGGUGGAGAGUGGAGUCCUACAUCAUGCAGCUACAAUGAGAUCAUUCUCACUGGGCAUGCUGAUGGCAGCAUAAAAUUCUGGGAUGCUUCUGCUGGUACCCUGCAAGUACUGUACAAAUUGAAGACUGCCAAAGUAUUUGAAAAACCUCGAGCUCGCAGUGUUGAUGGUUCUGAUGAAGAUCCUUUUGCUAUACAGUUGAUUUCAUUUUGCCCAGAAAGCCGCAAAUUGUGUGUGGCAGGUGCUAGUAGCCAUGUGAUUGUCUUCAAAUUUCGUAAGCAAGAGUCUGUUUCAGAAACAUAUGUAUUGGAAAUCCCCAUCAUUUAUGAACCUACUGAAGAGGAAGACUGCUCUCCAGACUAUGAGUAUCCUCCCAGACCUUCUCUGGCAGCAUCAUCUAAGAAUGAUUCUCUUGAAGGAGAGAGCAAAAAAUCUUCUCUUGAAUAUACUUGUGCACUUAGAGUGCGUGCAGGGCAGUUCAAGAAGCCACCAGGAUUUCAGGCACAUCUUGUGUGCCUAACCCCAUAUAUCAAUGGCGACCCACCUGGGCAGAUCACUGCUCUCAGUAUCAACUCCUCAUAUGGCCUAAUGGCAUAUGGGAAUGAAUGUGGAAUUGUACUAGUGGACAUAGUCCAGAAGGUGUGUCUUAUGAAUGUGGGAACACCUGAUCUUUAUGGAAAUGCAGAUCCUUAUCAGCGUGUACCACGGUCUCCUAAGAGGAACCAAAGUGACAACAAUCGUGAUAAUGAGGAUCGCUGCAGAUCUCCAAGCACGGAUCAGCUGGCGUCCCUCAAGACUGUGGAACCCUCUGGUGGUUCUCCUGUAGAAGCUGCUGUCAUCUCUGUCACCUGCCCUAGCCCUCUCAGUCAGGCAGCUCCUGACGAGAACAUGGACCUUGACAUCGAAGUUCAGAGCCCAGUAGGUAGCACCUCAUGUGCUACUCCACAGGCCCUCACGCCUGAUAUUGACCAAGCAGAAGAAGCUAUGCCGUCACUCCCUCCCUCAUCUCCAUGUCCUCCUCCUGAAACUAAACAGGAUAUUUCCCCUGGAGAAGUUGUAACUGAUUUACCUGGAAAAUCUGUCUCACAUCGCCGCCGAAGUAGUGCUUGGAAAGGGUUUAGUCUGAAGAAACAGUUGAGUCGCGUUGAUCAGAAGUUGAAGCAUUUUAUUGUGGUUCAUCUUCUGCAGACUUAAGCAAUACUCCUUCUUUGCAAUCCCCAGCUGAACCCCCAACAUCAGUGGAUAGUUUAGUGGAUGCAGCUAGGGAAAUAGACACACCAAAUAGUGAAGAUUGUGAUAGAAUUCUUAGUGUAAUAGAAAAUCAAGAUAAGGGAGAAUUCAAAGACACUGAGGAUCAGCAGAAAGAAGUAUUUGCACAGAUGACAGUUAAAUCGCCUGAUGCAGAUGCAAAAUUGAAAAGUGAAAACCCAAGUGGACAGUCCGAUGACAGGGAAGAUUUAUCUUCAGAAUCUGGAGCUACACAGUUAGAGGGGCUAGAUGAAGAUACAAUUCAGACUCGUGUUCCAGUAACAGAGGAUAGAGUGGUUCAGAGGGUCAGCAGGCCAGUGGAUCUCCCCCUUUUUGAUACAGAUGGGAAGCCAGUGCGCCCACCUCGCAAGGAAAGUAAAAAGAAGCCUUUGGACAAACGAGACUCUCGCUUGCUGUCUGUCCCUAACAUCAAGUACCACAAACCUGACCACUUGUUGCGAGACUUGAGGUCCAAAGAAGACACAGGGUCAAACCAACCAUCUCUCAGCAACCUGAUUCGCCGCCUGAAUAAGUUAGACAGUUCGUUCUCAAGGUCCAGGAGUUCCAGCAUGUCUAGUUUGGAAAACAUCAGUUCAGAAGCAAUACAGUGCCUCGCAUUUGCUGACUCUUACACUAAAAAAUCAGAUCCCAUUACUUUCCCUACUCUUUGGGUGGGUACCAGCCUUGGGUCUGUCCUUACUAUCAUGAUUAGUGUGCCUCCUGCAGGAGAAGCUCGGCACACUCAACCUGUUGUAGUUUCACCCUGUGGUACUAUUUUCCGAUUAAAAGGUGUUAUCCUUACAAUGUCAUUCUUGGAUUGUAAUGGAGCUCUUAUCCCGUAUUCAUUUGAGGCAUGGAGAGAUGAAAACAAAGAAGGAAAAGAGCGGAUAAAAACUCCCACAAAAUCAUCAAACAAUCGUAUGUCCCCUACCUUGAGCUCUCAGCAGGAACAACAGUGUGGGGAUCGUCAGUUUGUUGUAUUAACUUCAGAGAAGCAAGCUCGUGUUGUGGCCUUACCUUCACACAAUUGUGUGUACCGUCAGCAGUUAGCUGAUACAGACUUUGUUGUCAAGGCUGAGAUUAUAUCUCUCAAAGACAGCGUGUGUUUAGUAUGUUACAUCUCCAGUGGACAUGUAACUGCAUACAGCUUGCCUAGCCUCCGACCACUUAUUGAUGUGGACUUUCUUCCACUUGCUGACCUGAGGAUAGCAAGAACAUUUUGCUUCAGUAACCGAGGUCAUGGUUUAUACCUUUGUUCUCCAAGUGAAGUACAGAAGUUUACAGUAUCAUCAGAGUUUUGUGUCAGUUUGACAGAAAUGGUUGGAGAGCUGUUUUUGCCACAUGAUAUGCCAGAGCCACCCAAAGAGAGUUUUUUCAAAGGACUUUUUGGAGGAGGAUCUCGAUCGUUGGACCGGGAAGAGCUAUUUGGUGAAGCAAGUGGCCGCGCAUCGCGAACUGUGGCUAAGCAUAUUCCUGGCCCAUCGGCAAAUAUGGAAGAUAUGGGGCGACGUGUGACAUCAGUGACUUCAGAAAUUGGUCGUGCUCAUCAGAUGAUGGUAGAACGUGGUGAGAAAUUAGGUCAACUUGAAGAUCGCACACAACGCAUGAUGUCUGAAGCUGAAACCUUCUCUACUACAGCACAUAGCUUGAUGCUCAAGUACAAGGACAAGAAGUGGUAUCAGCUGUGAGGAGACUCUGCAGCACAGACUCCCUGUAUAAUGGUACCUACUGUGACCUGUUGCUGCAAGUAGCUCAGGAGAUGCCUCUAUACUAUAGGUAGGAACUCCAUCCUUCCUCCUUUUGGCCUCUCUGAGGCCGGUGUCAUGGGAAUGCCCUAAUGCCAUCUGGAGAGAGAACUUAAGCUUUACAAAAUGUUGGUGACAAAAUGAACAUUUUGUGUUCAUAUUUCAAAUAACCACUUGACCAGCUGCUGCAGCAUACAACUAUAUGCAACUAUUCUGAGCUUACAUUAUUUGUCAUUUUACAAAAUUAAUGCAGGAAUGAAAUACUUUUCUAUAAAUUAACACAUAAUGUAGUUUUCACACAGGUACUCUCACCUCAUGGGAAGUAUCCAUCAAAUGAUAUCAUAUCAAUACCUGGAAUGAUUGAGAAAUGUUUAAUGCCAAAUUCUUGGACAUUAGUUGUGAGUGUAAUCAUUCAGUGCUGAUUGUUGGAUUUGUGGAGUUGUCUGUGAAACUUAAUUCAUUCACUGCAGCCGCACACUUCAUUAUACCAGUGGCUUCUAGUUUUCGCUUUGUGAGCAAAGGACUUUCAAGGACGAUAAAGAUUGUAUAUAAAUUUGUAAUGUAAGUUUUCUUAUUGCUGCAGUAACCACAGUAGUAAUGGACACAUAGCACAUGACAAAGGCUUCAUGGGCUGAAAUAAGAACAUAAAAUGUCCAUCAGUUACUACCUCAAAUUACACCUCUCCUGCAUCAUAUGAUACAAAUUUGCCUUGUGUUGGUAGCAAUGACUACAUUAGAAAUAUUGCAAAAUGGGAAUGAUGGUAUCUUCCCAACACAUUUAAAAAUAAAAGUUACAUUUUUAGCAUGAAUUGUAGCAAAUUGAUGCUCAGUUAUUUAUGCAUAGAGACUUUAGAAUAAACAUUUCACGCACUGAGCUCUUGAGGUAUAUAAAGAUAUUUAUCCUCAACUUGAAGGUCAGAAUUGGUAAUAGACAACCAUGAUGGUGUAGAUAUAACUUGCUUUAUAGCAUUGUAUUUCUCAUAACCAAAUUUUACAAAAUAUUUGUGGUACAAACAGAAGUGUUAUGUUGCAUUCUUAUCCUUGCCAUGAAAGUAGAUUAUACACACCAUAAGAAGGAAAUUAAUGGAGAGAAAUAUCAUACAGUGUAUAAGUUUUGUUGUAUGAUUUGUUGUGUAAUGAAACAGAGUGAAAUUAGGUGAGCUAGUCUGAUUAGAUGUAUAAUAUAUAUUGAGCAUCAUUUCCCUCGAGGCCCUCCUGAUACAAUUUCCAGAAAGAAUCAAAUGUUUAGUAUCAUUUGUAUCAAUGGUGUUCAUUGUUAUAAUUAUUCUUAAAUUGAAACAUGUGUAAAUUACAGUUUUGAACACUGGAGACAUGUAUGAACUGGGAACAUUUGCAGUACAUACUACUUGAUAAAGAAUUGUAACAAAAGGAGAAUUAUCUCCCAAUUACUUUCAUUUUUAACUGCCACUCAUGUUACAGUGUGUUGCAUCCCGCAGGCGGGCUGCUAUUGUCAUCCCUUUUCCUAUUUCAUGAAAUACAUUGUACAUAGCUGUACAUUGUGUGUUAUUAGUCUGUGAGUUGCAUUUAUAUGUCCUAAACCAAACUUGUAUGCAGAGAAGAUCGGUGUCUCAUCCACUAUUGUUGUCUUAACUCUGUCAUCACAGUGAUACCCCAGUGGCUGUAUCUGGAACUGAUGAAGAAACAAUCUUCACUUUCUGUUUAAUCCUCCAUUUCUUUAUCACUGAUGAAAGUAAGUAAUGUAUAUAUAUAUAUUCUAUUCUUCUGUGUUGAACGUAAUACAUUGGUAUGCAAUAAGUAUUUAUGGAUUCAAAUUACAUUGAUCUAUGCAAAUACCCAGUUGUUAAAAAUUAAUGAAGUAAUAGUAGCACUAGACAAAAAUGGAUUAAUUAGAAAAAAGAUGUAUAUAACUCUUAUGUAGUAAACCUGCGAUAUUAAGAAUUUGUAUCAGAUAUUCUCCAGAGGUUUUAUGUUUCCUCAAUCUCUUAAAAAAAAAAAGUCUGGAAACAUGGAGGAAAAGAAAAACUUUCCUUCACGAAACAGUGAACCUUACAGGAUCAGGGCUGAGGGAGAGAAAGAUUUGUUUACCAUAUAAGUUUUUGUUUGUUUGUUUCGGUAUUUCCUUUUUUUUGAGAGAGCAAAAGAUUACUAGGUAAGAUGUAGCAUGAUGCAAGCCUAUAUACAUUUUGAAAUGCAUCAGGGCAUCUCAUGUCCUUCAGGUAGUGAUGAUGUCAUUACACCUUGCUCAUCAAUCUUAGAUACUCUCUGUUUUACUAUGAGCUGUGCAAAACAAUGCAAUUGCCAUUUUUUCAUGAGCAUAAUUUUAAAAUAUUUGUUCAUGAAUUUCUCAAUCAAUUAUUUUUCUUCCUACAAAAAGAUUAUGUGAAGAUUAUAGUGAAAGAUUUGCAAGCUAUCAUGUAGAAGCAGUCCUUUCCUUGUACUUAAAAUUGAAAUUAAUUUAGUUGUUAAUAGAUACAAAUCAUCUUUGUUUCUGCUCAUACAACCAGAACAGAACAUUUUGAAUUGAUACUGGUCAACUGAAUUUUAUUUUUAUAUAAAUCAGAAAUAAUUUAUGCAAUGUACUUACUGAACAGCUCAUGUUUGUCAUAGAAAAUUUCAUGCUUUCUGGGAUAGUCAUCUCAUGUUAAGAUUGCCUUUAUUUUAUACUGACCAUGUAUCACAGACACAAUAAUUAUUUAUGUUCAUGUAAGAAUAAUAUAUUUGAUGUAAUUUAAGAAUUUUGAAGGAAAAUUGCUAUAAACAGUUUUUGUUCAAAAACUGUUUAAAUAUAUGUACAUAAUACAAUAUAGUGAUAAGUGCUGUAUAGAUUUAUAUAUUUAGAUUACCAGUUACAACACGCUGUACUUGAAAUUAAGAUGAAAACAUGUGAUAUUCUAUUCUGCCCAUCUUAAUUGUUGUUAUGGACCUGAUCUUUGUUGGUAAUGAUAUAUACUAUAUUCUUCGUUUAAUGUUGUUGGAAUCUACCCUCUGUAUAUGCCCAAUUUAUUUCUCAAGUCCUUUUUGCACUGUUGAAGUGAUUAUUUGAAGUAUAAAUAGAAAAAAAAAUUGAUACGGUGAAUGUCAUAUGACAAUUGUAAAUAUAGACAUAUAGAAUUUGUUGAAAGAGAUCCUUUGCCAAGAAUGGUAUCCAUGUGUUUGUUGGUCUCAAGUAUUUCACAUUGAGAAAUGUUUGAAAAUGUUGGUUGUACUUGUUUCAUAAACAGAAUUUAAGUGCAGUGUUCUAUGAUGUCACCAAUUGAAUUGUUUUGUUGCAUCAUUCAUGUCAACAGUGAAGCUUCUCAGAAAAAUGCUGCAUUUCAGUUAUAUAAAGUAGCUGUUGAUCUCUUAAUUUAUCCUACCAAUUGUUAACACACAUUGAAUUAUACGUGAACAUCUAUACAUAUACAUAUAUAUAAAAAUGUAGUGAUAGCAACUUGUUUAAAAAUGUUCAUAAACCAUCUAAAAUAUGUGUGUUUAUGGUAUUGGAAGACAAUAAGAGUUUAAAAUUUUGUAUGUGUUGGUACUGCAAAUGUUGAAUACUAAGAUUAUGUCACUGAAAAACUUCUGUAACUAGUUCAUUGCAUAUUAAUAUAAAUUCAAUGCAUUUACAUCUUUAAUUAUUUACCUUUCAUUAAAGACAUUCACUCAAAUUAAAGUUAAUAAAGUAUAUGCUUGAAUCAUUACACUCAUUCACUCAGUUGACUUCUGACCUAUUAUUUAUUUUCCUCGUAGCUUAAUAUUUCUAUGACAGCUUGUCAAAGCAUUUUGUAUAAUUUUUCUCGUUUUUAUUGUGAAAAAUUAUUGUUUUAUAAGACAUAAAUAUUAAUGGCUCCUAAAAAAAAUUAAAAUAUUACUAAGUCUAUAUUUACACUUUUGGUUCUUCUAAAUGAAUAUUCAUAGAAAAAUCAUUUCAUAUUCUUGGUAUCAACCUGUGAAGUGUAUAAAUUAUAAUUAACUCUACAUUUUGCUUUUGUGAACCUUGUUGAAUGCUGUUCCUUUAUUCACCAUUCAAAUAUCAGUCUUACAAAAAAGUGUUUGUCAACAUUUUUGUUUGGUUUGUUCGUUGCUGUUUUUUUUUAUUUAAUUCUUAAAUUAUAAAUAAUUUACUAAGGCUUUUAGGCCAGAAUGGUUUAUAAUGCAAUUAUCUAGUUACAAGAAAGCAUACAUACUGCAGUGAAUUAUAUGAUUGAUUAGAAUAACAUACAUCUUCAAAAAUGCCUGUGUGGUUGUGUAGACAAGUACCUUAAUAGACAAAGUCGAUGUCAUCUUCAAUAUGACAGAAGGUGUUGUUAUAUCACAUGUUGAAUAAGAGAGAGUGAAAGGAAGAGUUUCAUGUGAUUGGACUUUGCUGAAUACUGUGUUUUAAUAUUGAAGAUUUCAAUUGCCUACUAUUUUCAUUAAGUAUUUGCCAUUAUAUGUUAUCUUAAUACUUAUGGCUCUAAAAAGUGUGUUGGUGCUGUUGGGUUACCUCACAGUAUAUACUGUUGCGCACAUUUCAAUGUAGAUUUCAAACUUCAAGAUGCUCUCGUGCACCUCUUCAGGAUACUCUUUUCAUAAUUUCUGCUGUUUAACUUCAAUAUUCCUUUUAAUGCAAUGAUAAAUGCUAAUCAAAAUAUUUUAAACAUCUACUUCAAAAGCAUAGUGUAAAUCUAUGUAUAAGAGUUGUUUACUAACUUUACUCCCUAUUUUAGUGGCCGUUUGUGCUAUCUUUCCCUCUCAUUCUCUCUUUUGGGUUUCAGAGACAAAGAGAUGUAUUUUAGGAAAUACUAACACUUUUACAGAAUGAGAAUGAAGACGGUGUUAAAUACAUUUUUUUAAAUUGUAUUUUAUAAAUGCUCAUUACUUCUAAGUCAGAUACCGUUAUUAUAUAUUCUAGUCAGACUAAGUGUCAAGAAUUAAAUUCCUUUCGUGUUUAUGGUUAACCCUCAUUAGUUAUGAACUGCCCUCUUCUGUUCAAGUUUCUCUUUUCAUCAUGCUUUCUUAACAAACAGAUGUGAAACAAUAAAUAAGAUUUCCUUUUGAUAGUUCUGUGAAUUACUGAGUUUUCUUUGUAAUAAUCCUUUUAUUGAUAUGAGAGUUUGCAUGUUGGUGGAUUGGGUUCAAUGUUUUCAGGUUCUGUUGUUCAAAAAUGAAGUUCAUCACUGACAUAUGGGCACCAUAUGUUAAAAAAGUCUUUCUUUCUGUUCAGCCAUUAUCUUUAGGCAGAAAACCUGAUCCUAUGUUAAAAAUUUUGCACCCAGAAUGAUGGUCUAUUACAUUAUAAUACAUUAUUUUCACAGUUUUUUACUUCAGUACUUAUACUUUGUGAAUUUACUUAAAUGCAUGCAUUGUCUUCCUCAUACUUGACAUGCCAAACAUAUGUAUACAUUGAAUAUAUUGAAAAUUAGCUCUAGAUUAUUUUCAUCUGAAAGUCUAUUUUCACCCUAUUCCAUCUCUGAUGGCAGAGCUAAGAGGUAUUAUGAAGCUGGUUGACCCUCUGUUGCUGCAAUGUACUCCCAUCUGUUGGGCUUGUGUGUUCUUUGACACAGGUGAAUUUUUAAAAAUAAAGAUUAUGAAGGAAUGUUGUGUGUGUAGAUGUUCAUGACAUUAUGAUAUGACAAUAAUUUCAAAUUUCUUAGUGUACUAUGCUGGCUUUUGAAAUAGCCUUUAAGGCAUCAAUUUCUUUCCUCCUUGCAUAAUUUUUAAAAAUGUAAGGGAAUCAGAACUGGCUAAUAACUUAAUUUUCAUCCAUCAUUUAGAACUUGUGAAAAAUACAAGUUUUUAUACAGUGUAUUUUUAAAAUUAUUAUUAAAUGAAAAACUACUGAACAUUUUUGAACAAUAGUUUGGACCUGCCUUUGUAGCUUAUCUGUGAUUGGCACUGGAGAGUUUCAGUUACAAAGUUGAUGACUGAAGCACAGAAAUAAGUUUUUUGUGAAACUAGUUUGAUGUUCCAUGGAUGUUAGAGAUAGCACAAGCCCAUGUCUAGGGAGAUUUGGGUUUCAGAAUGAUAUAACUGGUUAUAAAAUGACAAUGGUAUUUUGCUGAUGAAUAUAGUGUGAAAAUAUUUGAAAUGCCUAUAUAUUUUAAUGUACAUUUUAAUUGUUUCUCUGCUUUGCUUGUUUAAUGUAGUGAACUGAUGGCAUAAUAUCAUGCAUUAGAAUUAUUAAAUGUACCGUUGUCAGAAUUUCAACCUAUUAUAGUUCACAACAUAAUGCAAUAUUUAUUGAAAUCCUUUAUAAAAUCACCUUUCUAUAACCAGUGACAUAAAGACACAUAUAAGUUACAUGACCAUUCUAUAUUACAUGAAAAUAAAAAUAAAAAACACUAAAUAAAAAUAAUGCUAAAUACAUUAUCUAUAAAUUGGGAACAAGGUGAAAUUUAAUGGCACUUAAUCAAGUGUAGAGCUUGCAGGCAAAUCAGGUUCUAGACCUGCGAGUGGGUGUGCAGUCAGUCGUUCUUGGUGCUCUGUGAUGCAGCCCCGUUAUUCUCUUUAGAACUAUUGGAGCUCACUCACAUGUUCAUUUUUCUAUAAUCUUAACAUGAUAGCUAUUCUGGGUUACUAGUUACAACAUCUCUUAUUUUUGCGGAUUUUAUACAUAUAUAUGUAUCUGUGUAUAAUGAAUAUAUAUACAUAUAUAUACAGAGAUACAUAUAUAUUACCAACUAUAUAUACAUAUGUAUAUUUGUGUAGGUGAUUUUAUAUGAAGGAGUGUAUGAAGGUGUGCUUGUGACUGUUAUAAUAGAUUUUUUUAAUUGCACAAUUUAAUGGAAUUAACUCACUGUUGCAAACUAAACUGCAGUAAAAUGACUAAUCUUCCAUGGUAUGAAGUAAUUUCAGUCAAACUUAUUGGUUUCCUCCACCAAUAUGUUCAGUUAUUAUAGAAAUACCUUUCCUGUAUAAAAAGGAUAACAUACAUAGGUUAAAUGUAAUGAAGAAAGAUUCAAAUCAAAUGUACAGUAAAUGUUGAAGAGAAUGUAAAUUAUUUAUUAUUGUACCACAUCAAAUGACAAAUGCUAAUCUAGGAGUAUAUAAAACAUUCAAACAAAAUUUUUAUUGAUUGGGCCAAUGCAUCCUAUUGUUAACUAACGAUUAUAAUGGUAUUGUAACUCAGGAUUUUAAUGGAAAAAUAGUCUUAAAUUGAAUGAUUUAUUGAAGUCAUACAUGUAAAUGUAGAGUUCUGUAUAUGAAAGUAUACUUGCAGAGUGUAUAAACCGCUGCAAUUUUAUAGUGGCUACUAAUUUUAUGGUUUAUCCUCUUGAAUUUUAAAUCUAUAUACACACACAUACCUAUAUUCCAUUAAAAUAUAGUCUCUUCUUGACUGGUAGAGGUAGGAAACAAUGCUUGUGGCCCAAUCAUACAUUUGGCUGAGCAUAACAUUACGUUGGUAGACAGAUAAACACUAAAUUACAAAUUUCACUAGGAGAAACCAUUCUAAAAAUCAGUCUCCAAGAAACACUGAGGCUUGAAUGAAACCUGAUGUAGCAACAUCCUUGUUGUCUUGUCAACUGUAAUUUUGAUUAAAGUGGUUUUAACACAAA